CUGAUAUAUGGAUCUUCUCCUAUGAUAGAUGACAAGAUACAAGCUGCUUUCUUCCAUCGUUUUUUCCCAGAUGGUGACCAACAGAUUCUGGGUAUUCUCCACUUGCUGUUGCAUUUUAGUUGGACAUGGAUUGGGCUGAUUCUCCAACGUAAUGAGAGUGGAGACAGAUUCAUUCAAAAUGCUGUUCCGGUGUUUUCCCAAAAAGGUAUCUGCUUUGAGUUCACGGGAGAGAUGGCCAAGGAAACAUUUUCUAAUGAUAUUACAGCAGCCUUUAAAGAUUUUAGUAAAAUGUACAUUCUUAUCAUGAACAGCACUACCAAUGUCAUCAUCCUAUAUUGUGAAAACCAGGUCACCGUCAUUGUUAGAAUGUUGCCCUAUUUUACAGAAUUUGAAGAGAUACCCAUCGAGAGAAAAGAUAAAAUUUGGAUAAUGCCAGCCCAGAUGGAGUUUACAUCCCUUCCCUUUCAAAAAACUAGGGGUAUGGAGUUUUUCCAUGGUGUUUUAACUUUUGAGGUUUCUUCCAAGGAGAUUUCUGGAUUUAAUAAAUUCCUUCAGAUGGGAAACCCAACUUCAGAAGUGGAAGACCAUUUAAUGAGAGUGUUCUGGGAACAGGCUUUUGAAUGCUCUUUUCCUAAAGAUAAGUUAGAUGAAGACGCUGGAAUGCUGUGCACUGGAGAAGAGAAGUUGGACAAGCUACCUAAAUCUGUGUUUGACCCCACCAUGACUGGACAGAGUUACAGCAUCUACAACACAGUUUAUGCUGUGGCACAUGCUUUACAAGCCAUGUUUCACCCCAAACACAGAACAAGAGCAAAAGUUGGGAGAGAAAUGUUUUUAACUCAAACAGCAUGGCAGAACUACCAACAUAUCCUGGCCUUAGUUUUUGCUGUAAAGGAGAUCAAUGAAAACCAUCACAUUUUACCCAACGUGACUCUGGGUAUGCACCUCUCUAACAGUUAUUUCAUGGCGAGAUGGACUUACUUGGCUUCAAUGGAGCUUCUCUCAACACGGGGCAGAUUUAUCCCCAAUUAUAAAUGUGAUGCCAAGGAUAGGGCAAUAUCUGUUAUUGCGGGACCUAACUCUCACAUCUGUCCCUUCAUGGCAAACAUUUUGAAUGUCUACAAGAUGCCCCAGUUCCAUCACUAUUUGAGAACCAUGUCAUUUAAUAACACUGCAGGAGAAAAAAUUUCCUUUAAUGAAAAUGGAGAUUUAGACACUGGAUUUGACAUUAUCAACUGGGUCACAUUCUCAAACAGGACCUUUGUUAAAUUCAAAGUUGGAAAGAUCGACCCAGCAGCUUCUCCAGAUAAGCUAUUCACCAUUUCUGCACAAGGCAUCAUCUGGCCUACCAUGUUUAACCAGGUUCUACCUCUUUCUGUAUGCAAUGACAAUUGCUAUUCUGGGUCUCGGAAGAUGAAAAUAGAAGGGAAGCCAUUUUGCUGUUAUGAUUGCCUUCCAUGUGCAAAAGGGAAAAUUUCAAACCAGAUGGAUGCAGUUGACUGCUUUCAAUGUUCAGAAGACCAAUAUCCAAAUAAGGCUCAAAAUCUUUGUAUUUUAAAAACAACAACCUUCCUGUCUUACAAUGAGCCACUGGGAAUCACCUUGGCCAGUGUUAGUCUCUUCCUUUCUUUCAUCACAGCUUUGGUGCUGGGGAUCUUCAUUAAACAAUGGGACACUCCCAUUGUCAAAGCCAACAACAGGAGCCUCACCUACAUUCUUCUCAUUGUUCUCCUGCUCUCAUUCCUGUGCAGUUUGCUCUUCAUUGGGCAACCUGACCAAGGAAAAUGUUUCAUGCGACAAGCUGCAUUUGGCAUCAUAUUCUCUGUAGCCCUUUCUUGCAUAUUAGGGAAAACAAUCAUUGUUGUUCUUGCUUUCAUGGCUACCAGGCCAGGUUCCAAAAUGAGGAAAUGGGUGGGGAAUAGGCUGGCUUUUUCUAUUGUCCUAUUUUGCUCCUUAACACAAUUUACCAUUUGCACAGUGUGGCUGACAAUUUCUCCCCCAUUCCCAGAUUCUGACAUGCACUCUGUAGCUGAAGAAAUUGUCCUAGAAUGUAAUGAAGGUUCAACCACAAUGUUUUAUAUUGUUCUUAGUUUUCUGGGCCUCUUGACCUCUGUCAGUUUCACAGUAGCCUUUCUAGCUAGGAAGUUACCAGAUAGUUUUAAUGAAGCCAAAUUUAUCACCUUCAGCAUGUUGGUCUUUUGUAGUGUUUGGAUAUCAUUUGUUCCAACCUAUUUGAGUACCAAGGGGAAAUACAUGGUGGCUGUGGAGAUCUUCUCCAUUUUGGCUUCAGCAGCUGGAUUACUGGGCUGCAUCUUUUCCCCCAAAUGCUACAUUAUUAUUCUGAGACCUGAUCUGAAUACAAAGGAACAGUUAAGAAAAAAAUAA